AUGGUAGCAACAUUUGAAGAUGUAACUAUUACUUUUACUUUGGAGGAGUGCAAAUUCCUGGAUUCUUCUCCAAAAUAUCUCUACUGGGAGGUCAUGUGAGAAAACUACACGAAUGUCGUAAACCUGAAUGAUUGCUACAAACCACAAGAAGAAAUACUGAAAUAUUUAGAAUAUCCAACUUUUCUUUGCUGGCAAGUCUGGAGGAAUGCUGGCAUUUAGAUAUGUGAGAAUCAGAACUAUAAGGAAACCAUUCAACAGGGAGAUGCCAAAUAACCUUCCCAGUGUCAAGAGUUGUUCAUUUUUUCCACACAAGCACCAGGCUAUGGAAACUAUAAACUGACUUUUGAAGGCAAUAAUUCCUGAAACUUACAAUGCAAAAAGUAUAUACCUCGGCAGUCCUUAAAAACAAAAAAUAAUCAAGAUUAUUUUAGAGAAGUUUGUAUGAGUGAUUACUAUGGUUUUCAAGGGGACUGAUACCAUCUUGGUAUAUGUAUUUUUUGCAUGGAAACAAAUGAGAAGCUUGUUGCUCACAACUCUUCAAUUCCAGUGGAAGAAACACUUGCAGAGUACACUGGGGAAAUAUGGCAAAAUAAUCUACUGAAACGCUCUAUGCAAGAGAACUAUUGUGGAUGUAGUAAAUGUAAAAAAGUUUAGUUUUGGAACUCACGGUAUGUUCUUCACAAGAAAAAUCCUCUUGGAGAAAAGCUCUAUUAAAAUUUUUUCAGUACAUCCUGCUUCUCUGAGAGAUGAGAUUUAUUCAAACAUCCGAGAAUCCACACAGGGAGGAAGCAGCAUGGAUGUGUUGAAGUUGGCAGUACCUUUAGUCAGAGCUCAGGAGUUCACUUUAAUCGGAAAGUCUGUGCAGAGGAAACACCUUAUAUCUAUAAUACAUGCGGUAAGAGAGUUAGUCUCUCUUGUCUUCACAAUCAAAGAGUCCACAUAGAAAUGAAACCCAAGGACCUCAGUAGAAUAUCAUUACUUCACAUUCACAAGAGACACAUAAGUGAGAAGCCUUUUAAGUGUGACCAGUGCAGUAAGAAUUUUAGUCGUAGUUCAGUACUUCAUGUUCACCAGAGAGUCCACACAGGAGAAAAACCAUAUAUGUGUGAUGAGCAUGGUAAGGGCUUCAGUCAGAGCUCAAAUCUUCAAAUUCAUCAAUUAGCACACAGAGGUGAGGAGUCCUACAAAUGUGAUGACUGUGUUAAGUGCUUUACCCAGUGCUCCAAUCUCCAACUUCAUCAAGAGAGGCCUUAUAAAUGUCACAGCUGUGGAAAGGACAUUGGUCACAGCUCAGAACUUCGAAUUCACUAGAAGGUCCACACAGGGGAGAAACCCUACACUUGCCAUGAAUGUGGGCAGGGCUUCAGCAAGGGUUCAAAGCUUCACACUGAUCAGAGAGUGCACACUGGUGAGAAACCCUAUAAAUGUGGGGAGUGUGGAAAAGGAUUCAGUCAGCAUUCAUAUCUUCUCAUUCAUCAGAGAGUGCAUACUGCAGGAAAACCCCAUAAAUGUGAUGAUUGUGGAAAAGGUUUUAGUCACAGCUCUAAUCUUCACAUCCAUCAGAGAGUCCAUGCAGGAGAGAAGCCUUAUCGGUGUAUAAAGUGUGGCAAGGGUUUCAGUCACAGCUCAGCUGUUCAAAUUCACAGAGUCCACAGGGGAGAAACAAGUUACAAAUGCUAUGAAUAUUAUACAGGAUUUGACCAGAAUUCACAUCUUCACAAUAAUCAUGGCAGAGAAUCCUUAUAA